AUGCCUUCCGUUGACUCACCAAGCAUGGCGACACACUUUAUCACCUCAUUUCUGCCCCCAGAGCUCGCAGAGACCGUCCAGAAACACAUCCUUAGCCCACGCUCGCCAGUCCAGGUUGUCGUGCGCAACGUCCUUGUCCAGGCGCAGAACGUUAUCGACACAGUUACGCCUAUCGUCGAACCUAUACUCGACCGUGUCAUGAUCCUACUCGCCGAAAACCAAGGCCUCGUCGGUGUUAUUGCAUCGCUGCUCGUGCUUGCCACUGUUGUCAUCAUCCUCAACUGGAUCCGUCGUCUGCUCAUGUGGUGGACACGCAUGGCGAUGCGCAUUAUGACAUGGGCCUUUAUGUUUGCCCUGGCAGCGUGGAUAUGGGAGCGCGGUGUCUUUGAGAGCGCGAGGGACAUGACCGUCAUUGGCGCCAGGAUUUUGGGAUAUCUGGCUGUCAUCAAGGACGUCUGGCUGCAAGAGUACGACCGAUACGAGGCACAGCAGGGCAUGGCUGGAACAAGAGGUCCUGCCUCGGGACGGUCCAGAUAA